AUGUUAAGAUUAGAUUUUAAGAUGGCGUGCAGACAUUUUUGUUCCUUUGCUCUCUUCAUUUUCCAUUCGUAGAGGCCAAGAACCCUAACAGUUUCAUCAUUUGGUGUUGUGAUGGAUGGUGAUAAUGGUCUCAACAUCCGUAACUGGGGUUACUAUGAACCGGCCACAUCGUUUAAGAGCCAUCUGGGGCUGCAGCUGAUGUCAUCCAUGCCGGAAAAGCCUUUAAUCGGAGGGCGCAAUGCUGCGGUUUUAUCUGCUACAAAUGGGGCAUUUCACCACAGAGACAUUGGUAUGUCCCACGCUACAUACCCUAUGGAAUACGUGAGAGAUGCUUGGAUUAGUAGUCAGAGAGACAAGUAUAUGAAUAUGAUACCUACAAAUCAUAACUAUGGUAGUAUUCCAGAGACAUCUUCGGCACAUCAAAUUCAAAUGAUUCCACCGCCGGAAUUGCCGAAGGAAGAAAGGGAAGUGGAAGAGGAAGCUGUUGUUGAGAAGGCAACUGGGGGCAGUCGUAAGAAAAGACAGAGUCCUAAGGUGCCGAAAUCUCCCAAGGCAAAGAAGUCCAAGAGGGGCCCUCGUGUGCCAAAGAAUGAGAAUGCUCCCACAGUUCAUCGU